GCGCACAGCCACCUAGAGUUUCUUCUCCUUUUUACCUUGGCAGCAGCUUUAUCAUACACACCUGCAGGGGAGCUUCCGCAGAGCUCGCUUUGCUGAAAAGUGAACUCCCUUCCUACCGCUUUCCUCAUACAUGCAUACGUCAAUGGCGCCGUGCUUCAAUGGCGUGGCCGAGAGACACCGCAGGCGCCUCUCUCUUGUCCUCAUUGCCAUUGCUGCUCUUCUCCUCCUCGCACGCGCCUCGAACGCUGCAACGCCCUCUGGACAGGAAACGUGUCCCGUCUCCACAAACGCCGCAGUCAUGACGACGUGGUGCACGGCGCGCUUUGGUGGCCACGGCGGCUCCCUCACGGCGAGUGCAUGGGACCACAACCGCACGUCGUUCUCGUGCAUCUGCAAUGCCAACGCGGACGCAGCGAUACGGAUCAUACUGCGGUCAACGUUGCCGCCUCACGCACACACUGGCCGAGGGUUGGGGGACGCACAAGGAAUGUUUGCCUUGGCGGACUCUGCGGCCGGGAGCAGCACCAGUCGCAGUGCGUCGAGGUCCAUGCCGGCGCCAGCCAGCAGCAGCAGCGGCAGCUUUAGCAAGUCGUCGAUACCCUCAACUUCGAGGUCCUCCGCUUCGAGUUCCUCGGCCUCCGUCCCCUCGGCUUUGAGUUCGUCCUCCUCAGACGCCAACGUGACGGGGACGUGCGCCUGGAGCGGGGUGUUCACGCCGUACCCGGAGGGGGUGCAGUGCACGGCGAUCACCGGCGUGUGUCCCAGCUCGUGCGGCGUCAUUCCGCCGAACCUGUGCAACAACGCGUACACCAAAAGCGAAACUUGCGGCGAGGUCGGCGUCCACGAGGUGUCCUACACGUGCCUGACGUGCAACGGCCGCAACUACACCAUCCACUCCUCCAACGGUACCAAAUGCACACGCUACUACGCCGAGGGGGACAAGUGUGACGCGAAAAGCACGUGCAACGGGCACGGCUGCUGCGUGGGCAAGGAAAACACGUGCGUCUGCUACAGCGACGGCGUGAACGGGUACUACACAGGCAGCACGUGCAACAGCUGCCAGAACGGCUACGAGUGGAACUCCGCAAACCAGUGUCUCCAGGCGACCAACAAGGUGCAAUUCAUCCUCGCCUCCAUCGCGAAGACGUGGACGAUGGUGGCGCCGAACAUGGCGGUGCUCUUCCUUUUCGUCAUAUUUGGUGUAACGCGGAAACUGAACGCGUCGGACCGCCCCUUUGACCUGACGGGGCUGCGUCGCGCAAACCUAUCCACCGUGCAGGUGGCGCGGCGGCGUCAGCAGAGCCUCUUCCACUCCAAGUACAUCCCCAUGCGACCGGCGAAGAGCCGCUCCUUUGCGAACCCCCACCAGCCGCAAACCCGCGGGCCACCCGCUUUCUGA